CCAUAUCCAGCGCAACGGAGGUUUCUACUUCUCCUAGUGGUCCGGUGAGGGAUGUCAAUUGGUACCGCCAGCUUUGGUGGAAUAUUGGUAGCUUUCACCCCAAAGCUAGGUGGAAUGAGGCGACUGAUAGUGUACAUGUAUUAAAAGAUUCUAUUCUCCACGAAGCAUCAUCUGAUAUUUCUUCCAAUAUUCAUACAUACGCAUCCGAGCCUAAAUCAUCAGAAAAUAAAGAGAUCGGUGAAUUUCUGGAUUUGAAAAAUAUUAAAAGAGUUAGUGGCGCGAUAAAGCAACGCAAUAGGGAGAAGAAGCUUCAAUGUGAAUCAGCUGAAGACCAAUUCUAG